AACUGUCUCCCUCCCUUGUCGAGCAUCGUCCUUGCUACCCCCGAACCGAUCGUUUCGAAACAAACAAAAACAAAACAACACUACAUCCAUAGCAUGUUGACUGGAUAUUUAUAAGACGACAGUAUCUCUAGAUCGACAACCACAGCAAUGUCGACCACCACCACCGCUGCCUCGGGCACUAAGAGGGCUCCUCUCUCCGACAACCCCAAUGCCGCCAACUCGCCGCUGCGUGGGUCCUCGGCUACCGCCUUGGCACUACAGGGCUCUAAAAAGGCCGUCCGCUCCCAUGCCGAUCAGCUCAGAGAGGAGCCAUACGGUCAACCGCCGCCGGCCAAGAGACAGAUGAUUGAACAUGGCGGUCAACGCGCCGCCGCCUCGCCGACGAGCUCCCGGUCCAAUGUGUCCAAUGUCACGCGCAAGACCUCGACGAUGUCCCGGACCGCUGAACGGGAACGGGCGGAAAGGGCUUCCUCUAGAACAAGCACCACGGCUACCAGCACCCGUGCCGAGAGGUCGCAUGCCUCCACCACCACCACUACCGACCGCAUCACCGCAAAGGAACUCGAAGACCUCAGUAUAUGGCAAACCUCUAUGAGAUCGCGCUUUCACAAGAUGGUUUUCUACUUUGAGAGUAUUCCCGACGAGCAGCGUCACAAGCUUGCCAAACAAGUCGCUCAAUUGGGCGCUCGUGAGGAAAAGUUCUUUUCCAUCGAAAUCACCCAUGUCGUCACCACUCGCCCCAUUCCCCCCGUAAGGCCAGUCCAGGACGAGAACCAGCCCGGCACCAGCACCCAGUCGACAAGUGAACAACCAAAGACGAUCGAUCCCUCUCUCCUGAACCGCAAUGGCGACUCGGUCCGACGGAAACUCAUUUUCGACAAGCCAUCAAUCCGGAAAUCCUCAGUACAGCCCCAGGAAGAGACGAUGCCCAAGCCGAAAGCACGCAGCACCGAUAUCCUGCACCGUGCACGGGACAUGGGCAAGAAGAUCUGGUCGCUGGACAAACUGCAGAGGAUUCUCGGCAUGGUCCUUGAGACGGACCUGGUCAAGGCUGCAUUGCUGGGCCGAGGGCAUACACCUCAGGCCGCCGACAGGGCCAAGGCUCGCCAUCAGACUGCUAAUGUACUCCAGAUGCUUCAGAAUGAGCGUGUGCACGGCCCCUCCGACCGUGAUCCCACUGUCGUUACCAAGGACAUCCACUACUUCAAGGGACCCUACAUUUAUGUAUACGACAUCGAGGAGAAGACGAGGCCGGUCAUGGUGAGGGAGUACCACAGAGUUGCCGACAAGAAGGACGGCGAGUGGCCCCAGUUCCGUGUGGCAUCUCAAGGCCGUUGCCCAUUUGUUGAGGAUUAUGAUCCCCCUGAAAGGACGAGGCGGGAAAGGGCCCAGGCCAAGGAGAAGGUUACCAAGGCUGCGGAUACGGCUGCUGCCACCGAGAAGGCCGCUGCUACCAAGACCCUCCAGCCUCCCGAGGUGCCAUCACCCAAGCCGGUUACGGGAAAGCGUACUCUUAAUGAGAUGGAAGCACCCAACGAUCGUGCCGCUGAAGUUGUUGAUGAUGCCCCCGAGACCGUCGAGUCGACUAAGGAGUCCACCCCUUCGGUUGAUUUCCGUUCCCAGAAUGCCUUCAUGAGCUAUACCACCAAGGUUGGCCGUUUGGUCGCCGGAGAGCCCGUCGCUUCCGGUAUUCAGGCCAACAAGCUUACAUCCGCGAUCCGCUCUCAGAUGGUGUCGUCCACCACCGGUGUCCUUGGCGCCAAGGCCGGUAUCAGCAAGGAAGUUUUGGGACUUCAGCGCAAGGUUCUUCAGAAGGCUAGUGUUCCUUCCCUUUCGCAAGACUCGGGCGCUCGUCGCUUGGCCGAGAUUGGUGUAGACGGAAACCCAUCAUGCACGCGCGCCGCUAGCUUGGGUAACCCAGCCAAUCCUCCGAUGCCUGAGAUCUGGGAGGAUGAUGAAGCUCGGAAGCAGGAGCAGGCCAAGAAGGAGAGAAAAUUGCGCAGGACCGCGAGCACUCCCGCUCCCCAGACAAAGCCGAAGCCGCGCGAUCCCAAGCCGGGUUACUGCGAAAAUUGUCAGGAUAAGUUCGAGGACUUUGAUGCGCACAUCGUUUCCCGCAAGCAUCGCCGUUUCGCAGAGAAUGACGACAACUGGGCUCAGCUCGACGCUCUCCUUGGCAAGCUCUCGCGUGCUCCUCGUGAGCCGCGUUACCGGUCCGUGGAUGAUGAAAGGUGGCAGUAAGCUUCUGCUCUGUUGCCGCACAUGAUAUUUCCCAUGUCUCCUGACGACUACUUGUACUUGCUUUCCCUUCUUAUUUGCCCUUCAUCUCCCCCCUUUCAACCUAUGCUUCUCUUCAGUCAGUCAGGAGUCAUGUGGCGGUAUCAUGUGUCAUCCAUUGUUGGAGAGGUUUUCUUUUUUACGAGGAUUCCAACAACACAAAGUUCAUUACCAGCAUAUUUGGGCGCGGGAGUUCCGGUGGCUUGUCUUUGACGGGGCGU